UCAUUACUGCAAAGGAAACUGCAUUUAUUUGAUACAAUCAGCAUUCUUAUUAUUAUUUUAGUAUUGAAAAUGAAGAAUCUUUUAAUUUGCCUCUUGAUUUACUAUGUUGCGUCUGGUGUUGGUUCAGACGGAGUAUCAGCAUCUGUGAUGGAGGGAGAUUCAGUCACUCUAAACACAGAUGUUAAAACAAGCCAACAAGAAGAGGUUGUAUGGUAUUUUAAUGACACUCGCAUCGCUCAAAUCAGUGGAGAUCUCAGUGAUAUCUGUACAGAUGUUCAGUGUAAUGAAGGUACUGAGAGAUUCAGAGAGAGACUGGAGCUGGAUCAUCAGACUGGAUCUCUGACCAUCAUGAACAUCAGAACCACAGACUCUGGACUUUAUAGACUAGUGAUAAUCAGCAGCAGCAACAGCAAUUCAAAGAUCUCCAGCGUUGCUGUUCACGGUGUUCCUGCUGCUCAACGAGAUAAAAAGAAGACCAAGUCUGUAGUGGAGGGGCAAUCUGUCAGUUUAGAUCCUGGUCUAAGCAAAAACCUAAAUGUUGUGAUGAGAUGGUAUUUUAAUGACACUUUCAUCGCUGAAAUCACUGGAGAUCAGAGUAAGAUCUGUACAGAUGAUCAGUGUAGAGAGAGAUUCAGAGACAGACUAAAGCUGGAUCAUCAGACUGGAUCUCUGACCAUCACAAACACCAGAACCACAGACUCUGGACUCUAUACACUACAGAUCACCAGCAGCAGCACCCGUCAUCGUCGCCACAGCAUUGGUGUCACCAGUUUAAAGAGCUUCAGCAUUUCUAUCACUGCUGUUCCAGAUUCAGGAUUGUCUCCAGCAGCUGUGGGAGGAAUAUGUGGUGUUCUGCUGCUCGUUGUAUGUGCAAUUGCUGGCGGUCUUGCAAAAAGGAAAGGCAUCUGUAUGCAGCAAAAUAAUCAGGAGAAUAAUGGGCUCUAAAUCAAGAACACAACCAAUGGGACGUUGCCUAGUCUGACGAGGCUGCCAAAGAUACUUCACUUUCCACUUAACUGCUAUGUUUUAUAUUUGGGAGGCCAAGUAUCAAUAUCUUCAUUACCAUAAGCUUUACCAUGAGUUACUAUAAGCUUUAUAUUUACAAAUUGGAUGUUAUGUGUUUAUAUAUCAGUGCUUCCGCAUUUCUCUCUCUCUCUCUCACACACAUGAAUUAAGCUGCUUGUACAGGAAUCACGUUCUCGCACAUUUCUGAACUUGAACCGGUCUCUCUGUGUUUACGUGUUAAUUACAUGUGUUAGUUCGACACUCUAAUAUAGGCCAUCAAACCUUUCGCUCAUUAUUAGAAUUUAAGAAGCUGUCUACGUAGUGCUAAAUAUACACUGCAAGCAAGCUUGUUUCAUAAUACAUUUGACAAGACAAGUUGUUACAUUAUUGCAUGCGGUCGGUAACACUGGUCAUACUCUUAAAACAUUUUGUAGGCUAUUUAAGAGCGAAAAUAACUCCUCAGUGCCACUAAGUGUCCAAGUUCUAUUCCGUUAAUGACAUAUGUGACCCUGGACCACAAAACCAGUCA